CGCAGUACUGGGAUGGCCACUUCCGCCAAGGAUGCCCUCGAACUGGUAAACUCAAUUAAGGGCAUCACUAUUUCAGCUCAUAUUGACACCGCAUGCUUUGCUUUACUGUUUUACGAUUACCUGCUCACGUUAGAAGAUGAGCUCAAACUGAUAUGGCAGUCAAAGUGGUCCUUCCCCAAAGCGGUGUUCCUCAUCACUCGUUAUGGUCCCGUCAUAGACCUGUCAAUAGUUACUGCGUUCCACUUCAAGAGCGCGACACCUGACGAAUGUUUACGGAUAUAUAAAGCUGGUGGGAUGCUCCUGUACUUUGGGAUCUGUUUUACAGAACUUAUCCCUGUUCUCCGAACAUGGGCAAUAUGGGGGAAAAGCCGAACCAUAACGAUCUUACUCUUCAUAUGGAGUGCAAUCAACCUGGGUAUCAGUGCUGUGCUCGUUACCCUUUACUUUAAUUCCGCUCAGUUCACAUCAUUACCAGCGGGUGUUCCAGGCUGUCUCGUAAGCAAUGCCAAUUCUUUCAUUGUUGGAUCAUGGUCCAUUCUUGUAGUAUUCGAAUCCGGAAUCCUGGGAAUAACGGUGCUGAAAGGCGUACAAUUGUAUAAAGAAUACGAAGACAAGCAACUUCGAAAUUCAGCACUCUUUAAUGCAGUCUUCACAAAUGGUGCGAUCUUCUAUGUUUAUAUAUUUGCCAUUUCUGUCGGAAAUGUGAUUGUUGUUCGGAGCUUACCGCGGGAAUUCGUUCAACUCCUUGCAAGUGUUGAACGGGUUUCACAUGCACUCUUAACGGGACGGUUGUUCAUCGCUAUUCGCAGAGCAGCAGUGCACGGCACAGACGAAGAAGACCUGACCAGACUUGAGACAUUACGAUUUCAAGAAAGCCAUAUAGGACCAAUUGAUACCAAAGCUGGUGCCAGCAGUUUCAUGUCAUCUUCUGUUGGAAAUUGGACUUGCCUCGGCCAUUCGGCUUCUACAGCUUCGGGAAAGGAACCUGUGAACAAUAUGGGAGGUGGUGGUGAAUUUAAUGUCUGAUUUAACUUUGUAGUAUAGCACGCCCCCUAAAAUAGCUGACACAUUCCGCCUUCUCUAAUUUUCUCUAGAGAGUGUAUUAGAAUAUGGUGUACAUGUAUGCCACUUUCCUCAUGUUAUUAUUUCGAAC